AUGGCCGCCAUACUUCACAACAAUCCGAAGACCUUGUUGCGUGACCCUUCAACGGGAGUUCGAUCCAAGGAUUCAUCUUCACAGCUACUUAGCGGAAUAACUAUUAGAAAAAACACAAGACCUCCAGAGGGGCCACCGGUCCUUGAUUCUAUUCUUCCUAAACAUGAAUGGCUAUUUACCGAUCUUGUUAUUAAUGCGGCACAACCUAUUCUCUACCGAUAUACCCUUCGGCACAGUUCUCGAUCGCACAAGGAACAAGGUCAGUGCCCUAGGACAGCUCGACUCCUUCACCCAGUGAGGAACCCAUUGUCGGUGACCUUCCUGAGAAGAGUGGGCAGCUACGUGAUCUGUAGGUCAUCGAGGACAACGUCUUUGUGUCUGGAGCGAGGUUCGGACAUGCCUAUGCAGUACAUCAACUGGUGUAAAGGAUGUAUACGCUCAUUAUCCUUGAUACCAUAUUACUUUCACCAAAUGUCAGGGAUAAUAAUGUCCAAUAUGAAAUCAAUCAUUUCGCUGAGAGGACGAGGUUUCAAAACAAUAUAA